AUGACAAUCACAAACAUAUACUUGCCAGUGACAUCAAGCUUUGCUGGUGUGCUCGGCCUGUUCUACGUGUACCUCUCACUCAACGUCGUCAGAUAUAGGCGUGGUCUGAAGGUGUCUGUUGGCGAUGGCACUGCAGAGUUGAUGCGCGAGAUGGCCAAGUCCGACAACAACAAGGAGAUCGACUUCAAGAAGUACAAGGGUCUGGUGGCCGCCAUCAGAUCACACGGCAACUUUGCCGAGUUUGUGCCACUGCAGCUUGUGCUGGCCGCUCUGCUCGAGCUGCAGGGCGUCAGCUCAUCCAAGCUGACCGUCCUCCUUGGACUGUUCACCGUCUCACGUGUGAUCCAUCCAUUCUUUGGAAUGUUCAAGUCCAACUUUGUUGGAUGGGGACGUGUUCUCGGCACCGUCGUUACCUUUUUCACGAUCGCCGGUUCAGCAAUGGCCAACAUCUACAUUGCCCGUACCAGACUAUAUUAA